AAUAUUUAUCAAGAUGAAACAGAAUGUGAACAAAAUAUGCGAGAUUUGUAGCGAUAAAGGAAUCGGGCGACAUUUCGGUGCCAUUACGUGUGAAUCGUGUAAAAUAUUCUUCAAGAGGAAUGCCAACAAAGAUCAGGUAGUGAAUUGCAUUUCCGAUGGAAAGUGUCAAAUAAAUCCGUUCACUAGAAAGUUGUGCACAAAAUGUAGACUUCAUAAGUGUUUUAAUAUGGGUAUGAGAAAGGAAUUGAUACAAAACGAUAGGGAAAAGGAGGAAAUGAGACAAUUAGUUGAAGAAAAUAGACGCAAACGAAAGCUAUUAAAUAAAAGUCAAAACACAUCCUCAGAAGCAAAUGAGUCCUCAAAACCAGCAUCAAUUGAGUCGACCAUAUCUAGUGAUUGUAUUGACUUUUUCAUGAGUCAAAUAAUAGGAUGUGUUUUGGAUGUAAACGAAAGGGAACUGAGGGAACAGAUCAUGGAAAUCGAGAAUUAUGUGAAUAAUGAAGACUUGGAUCAAAAUAUUGAGACAAUGAGUGCCAGACAACUGUUAGAGGAUAUCAACCAAAAGUCACAACAAAUGGCUGUCAUUCCUAUGUUUAAGGAACUCACAGAUUAUAACGGUUUUAAACAAUUGGAAAUCAAUAGGAUUGCCGAGUUGUUGGGGUCGUCCCAGAUAUUUGACUACCCGUCCAGAUCCGAGUAG